UUCUCUUAGUCCACCAACAGCGCCCUCCUCUCCGUUUCGUGCUCCGGCCAUGGCGAACCCUAAUUCGCUCUGCUUGAUCCUCCUCCUCUCUUCUCUCGCCCUCGGCAACCAAUUUCUUAAGAAUCAAACCUCUUAACUAAUGAACUACGUCUCUCUUCCCGCAAAACCCUUCUUCCUCGUCUCCAGGAAACCCCUCUUCUCCUUCUCCCUUCACAUAAUCCCCGCCAUUAAAAUGUCAACUUUCACCAACAACCCUUCUGAGCUUUCCCCUUCUAUUUCCCUCCAAAACUACCCUAAACCCUUAUCCCCACCUCUUCCCGCCAUCUCCAAAGAGAUAGAGCUCGCCAGAGCCAUGUCCGCCUCUUCAAGAUCCAGUCUUUUCUCCUUGUCAGCGUCUGAAGUCUUGUUUGAAGAUCAAUGGCUGAUGGCCGUCAAUAAACCUCAAGGAAUUUACUGCGAGGCCGUCUUGACAUCCGUCCCAGCCCUUCUCCUUUCCCGCUCAAAAACCGCCCCAGUCGUACCGGCCAUUGAUGUUUGUGUUGCAGAUAAUACAAAGGGAUCCCCGGAGCUCCACCUGGCGAAUCGGCUCGAUCGGGACACGAGCGGAGUGAUGAUCAUCACCAAGUCGCACAAGGUAGCCGCUAAGCUAGUCAAGGCAUUUACUGAUCACAAGGUGAGGAAGACUUACAUUGCUUCGUGCGUUGGUCCAUCUCCAGAUUGGAAAAGGAUUACAGUUAAAUCAGGCCACGGUCGGUCCAAAUUUGGGGCGUGGCGUGUCUAUGCAGCAUCAGAUGCGGGGCGGAUCUUGCCAGGUGGGUCUUCGGUUAGGGACAUGGAGACUUCAUUCGAGGUGUUGUCUGUGAAUGGGAAGAGAAGAAGCUUAGGAGAAUCAUUAGAGGAAGAAUGUGGGGAAACUAUAGUUGUUAAGGAGAAAUCAGUGAAAUGUGGUAAUAAUGGUGGUGGUGGUGAAAUGCAGGAUGAGGUUUUGAUUAGGGCGUUUCCUAGGAGUGGAAGGACUCAUCAAAUUCGCUUGCAUUGCCAGUUUAUCGGGUUGUCGAUAAAGGGUGAUGUGAAGUAUGAAGGAGUUCAUGAGUGGGAUGGGGAAGUGUGUAGUGGCCAUGAAUUACAUGCAGAGAGUUUGUCUUUUGAGCAUCCUAUGACUGGUCUUCCCAUGAAGGUUCAUGCGCCUCUGCCUUCAUGGGCGACUCAUUUGUUGCCUGAAUCAUAGGAUCAGUUUUGGUGGACAACUAGGUUGGGAGGUGGUAGAUGCAUAUGUUGCUCAAUUUUGACGACAUGGGAGCUGGUACGUUGGAAUCUUGAACGAAUAGGAGAAUGGUUCAUGUUGUUGCUCGUCGAGAAAGCUGCCUUUUUGCUCCAGGUGAUAAUUUGCUUUGUUAUGAUGAGAGCUUUUCUUUUUAGCAUCUUGUUACUGGUCUUGCCAUGAAAGUUCAUGCGCCUUUGCAUACACGUUGCUGCCUGGAUAGUAGGAUUCUAUGUGGCCUUCUGUCUUCUGAAGUUCAUGUGGAUGCACAGAUGGGUCGUAGGUGGUUGAUGCUUAUCGAUUGACUAAAUGUGUGCUUGUAAAGUUGGAAUCUUGAAGGAAUUAUCACGAUUGUUCAUGUUGUGGCUUGUUGAGAAAGCAAUAGCCUUUUGGCUUCAACAUUGAGUUAGGUUAACUAAUAUAUCUAUGGCGAAUUCUUGAUUCCUGUCCCUGACUUGUUUUCUUAUGAAGUCCUAAAAUUGUUGUUAUUGCCAUCUACCCAUAUAGAAAGAAGGGGAGAAGUAUGGACAAGAUAUGUUGAAAACAUGGGACUUUUCCUUUACCUUUUUUCCAACAUUGAAGAAAUCAACUGUUUGGUCUCAACAAAAUGUUAUUCAACUAUGUCACUCUCUCUGGUGUCAGGCAGGCCAGGGUAUAUUUUCUUCUUUUACCUUCUUGCCUUGGGAGAAAGGAGAUGUGUCAUUAUGUGCGCGGAGGAUCAAUGCUCAUUGUUUGUGUGAAAGGUAUAUGGGCUAUUGGGGUGGAGAGGGUGCCUAUAUCAGGGGGAGUUUAGUCUCAAUUGGCAGGUUUGGAUUUUGGCGCCUUCUCUUUCCUUUUUUCCUCCUCCUUGCUCUUCGUUCUGGUUGUUCGACACAAGUUGUGUUUUCCAUGGAUGCGACUCUUUUGUGUAAUUCAAAGGGAGGGAGUCGGGAUGUUACUCUGCGUCUCCGCCUGCUGCACAUGUGGGUCGCCAAGACGCCCUCCAGUUUGAGGAUUUUCAACCACUGUUGCAUGUGGGUGGAUCAAACAGUAAGUGCUUGGAACUGCUAGAUGGGGUUGUUUUUGUUGCAUUUAUGCUUGCAACUGCUUAUUUACGUAUAUCCAUAUACAGUUCAUGUUGAAUCCCGCAAAGAAAAUCAUCUGUUUUCACCAUCAUCUGGCUGGAGUGCAAAGGAUCAUAAGUAGCUAUCUCAUUGUUUCGUAAAUGAUAUCUUUUUCCUAUCUAUAUUAUGAAGUAUGUGCUAUCUUCAAUGAUGCCUAAUUCCAUUUAUCCAAAUGCUUCCUGAAGACGUGGGAAACAAUCACUACCAAUCCAAUUUCUACCAUGCUCACCAUCUGUGAUCUUCAAAUUACAGCUUCAAGCCCAAAAAUAUCUAAUGAAACUAUGCAGCUCUUUGAAUUCUGGAAUUUUACUGAUUGGUUCGUGUUGUUCUUCCCAUGUUCUUCAUCCAAAAAAAUUUCAGGUCCCAAGAUUGAUCCACUAAAAUGAAAAAUGGGAGGCCAGGGUCGUUUAUGCACAUGGCAACAUGUUAGGGAUCGUUCAACUAAUUUGGGAGGCCCAAACAAAUGUUGGGCUCACAAAUAUAAAUGAACCGUUGAUUAUGGCCUUUUAAAAAUAAAACUGGGCUUAUUGUGUAUGUUCUUUAUAAAAACAUAUAUUAAUUAAAAGUAAUCAAAUUUCAGAUUUGAU